AUGGUGCACCCUAUCACAGCAGCUGAGGUAAAAUUGGCCCUCUUAGACAUUGCCGAGGAUAAAGCCCCUGGUCCUGAUGGUUACACCUCAGACUUCUACAAAGUAGCUUGGCCUAUUGUGGGUGUUCAAGUCCCACAUGCUAUCAUAGACUUCUACACUACUGGGAGACUAUUGAACCCAUCCCAAACGCCUUUUGUUUCAGGUCGCUCUAUUAGCGACAAUAUUCUUCUGGCUCAGGAACUAUUUUCAGGCUAUAAUCAGCAGCGCUACCACCUCGUUGUGCUCUCAAGGUGGAUAUCCUUGUUUGGAUUUUCGAAUAAGUUCAUAAACUGGAUUGAAAAGUGUGUUACUACACCUUCGUUCUCUAUUGGGAAUAAUGGAACUCCUCAUGGAUUCUUUGUUGGAGCCAGGGGCCUCCGACAGGGAGAUCCAAAGUCACCAUAUUUAUUUAUCCUGAUUAUGGAAGUUUUGAACCUCAUCUUGCAGCAACUGAUAGAUCAGGACAUGAACUUUGCAUUUCACUGGAAGUAUGCCCCACUUUGCCAAGUUCAGCUUGGAUUUGCGGAUGACUUAUUAUUAUUCUCAUGA